AAUAAAGUAGUUUAGUCACCUUUUUUGUGACGAUUUUUUAAAACCUCGUUAAAAGAAAAAUAAACUCAGAAAUAAAAAGUAAAAUAAUGUUUUUACUGUAUAUUUUAUGCUGGUUGCUAGAUAUAGCUGGAAUAGGCUUAGCAUUGUUUUCAGCAGUUAAAGACGAUUGGCAAGUAAAUAAAAUAGAUAAAUCACAUUGUGGAAUAUGGACAUGCAAUUAUGGCGAAAGUUAUUGGUUUACUAAAAUAUUAAUAACUGUUGGUUGCAUGACUUACAUUCUUGCUUUUGGAUUAAACGUUUUUACUUAUUUGAAGAAAGUAGAGAACCAUAGACUUUCUAUUUAUAUGCUAAUACUGACAGCUUUAUGCUUGACGGCAGCAUUUGCAGUGUUUACAAACGAAAUAUUUCGGUUUAAUUACUAUUCCCAGCAAUUUCGUUUUGGAGUAGCUUAUAAAUGUGGUAUUGGUUCUGUACCAGCAUCAAUCACAUCUGCAGUUUUGCAAUUCUUUAUAAUAAAAUCGGAAUUUAAGAAUAUAUAGUCUCUUAAUAUAAUUAAAAAUAAAUUUUAUUAACUGAAUAAAAAACAGCUAUAGCAAGUUUUUGCUAUGUAUUUUA